GACUUAGAGACAACUGAUGACAAGGUGCUCAAAUACAAGUCCAUGGCGAUGCAUAUGGUGAAGCAACGGGUGAAACUCGUUGUCGAGCCAACAUCGGAGGGCGCAUUUGCAACUGCAAUCGCAGAUGCUGAGAUUGGCAAGAUACGGGGGGGUGGAGGGCAAGAGAGUGAUGUGGAGAUGAUGCAUACCUUCACCAAGAGCAAUCUUGACAUACCAGAGGUCAAGCAUCCCAUCUAUGCAGGGAGCUCCUCAGGAGAUCUCAUCAUCGGCCCCAUCAAUCUGGAGAGCUAUGCCCAGCGCUUAUGGCAAGUGACCGAAGAUGAUAAGAAGAAGAUCUAUUCCACCUAUCGGGUGGCAGUGGGUGGCGCCACAGAGACAGCUCCCUCAGAGUCAGGGAAGAGGACCCAGUUCAAGAAGAAGGAACUCACCAGGGCUCAUGUCGUUGCUGGAUACAAACACCUGGGUGAGCUGGUGUACGAAGCAAUGCUAGAUGAAAAGUCUCCGCUCCAUGAUGCCAAGUUGUGUGCCUUGCUUGCUCAGAAGGGUGACGACCAGAAGGCGGCGGUGACAAAGAAGGGGCAGAACAAGCGAAAGGCAACAGCUGACAUUGAGAAGCCUGAGAAGACCACGGAAAAGACCGCCGAGGAGAAUGCCAGUGGUGGAGCCAGCGCAGCUGAAACCAAAGAAGGCACUGAAGUCACUGAGGGCACGGACCCCAAGACCGCAGCUGGCAAGAAGCCAAGAACUUCCAAUGGAUCUUCCAGCAGUGGUACACCUGCUGCUGGUGGGGGGUCGUCAAUCGACGUUCUCAUGAACCAGUUGAAGAAUCUUCGCAAAACCUGA